GGCGCGGCUUCCUGCGCAUGUUCUUUCCCUGCUGAAUGCGGAAGACAAACAUUGGAGCUCAGCUGACGCUUCCUGACCAACUUACCAACUCGAAAGUUGCCAAAAGGACUUUACAUAACGCCUGAGGUGUAAACAUGUGGCCAAAUCAAGGUCCACCCAACCCAGCCUUCCCUCCUGGCUACAACCCUGCAUAUCCUCCUGUCCCACCUGCGGGCGCCUUCCCUCAGCCCCCACGUACACAGUACACACCUGUCCAGUAUCCAGCUGGCCUCAACCCGACCAUGGUGCCAAACCCACCCCCUGGUGUGAUACCCUACGGAGCUCCAGGAGCCCAAUCAUACCCCAUUAACGCUGGGGGAUAUCCAGUUGCCCCUGGUGCAGGUGUUUACCCCAACGCUUACCCACGCUCUCCAAAAGGGCUCCACCACAAAGAUAACAAAGGGCAUCAUCACCACAAAGGCCUUUACCCUUCCGGUGGCAUUAAUCCCAUGGGCGGAGUCAUUGGCGGAGGCUUGGCUGGAAUGGGCUUGGGGUUGGUGGGACAUAAAGCCCACAAGAAGUUGAAGAAGGGGAAGAAGCUGAAGAAGGCGCAUAAGAUGUACAAGCACGGGCACCACAAACAUGGUGGCAAGUCCUCCUCCAGUAGCAGCAGCAGCAGCAGCAGUAGUAGCAGCGACUCCGACUGAGGCUAUAAUUAAGAGUAUAUACUGCAACGCCAACAUUUAUAUAAAGGGGCUGUCUGCUAAACCACCUUGUCAAUAUAUACUCUGAUAAGAUUUAUAGAAUGGUGCAGUUCAUUAUUAUUGUAUUGUUUGGGUUAUGUAUUGUAUAAUUCUAGAAAUGCCAAUAUUGGUGUAUGACCAUGAACACAUUAACAACCAUUGAGUUGUAUUAUUAUCAUUUAUUUUGAAAUAGUGUGUGCAUUGUGCUUAACUCCAAAUUGUGAUUCUUUUUUAAACAUUUACAAUAUGGUGAUUUGGUAUAAGAAAUGUCUAAUAUAUUUCAUGUUUGUACUGUUUUUACUUCUUGCAUUCCAUGUGUUGUGUUCAAUACUCCAUAUAACACUAGGAAAAGUCAAACCUGUAGUGCUAUAAUAUGUUCAUUAAAAAUAUAACCUAAAUUGCAA